AUGAGCAGCGGAUUUGCGCCGGCGCGGACCUCAACAAACACAAAAACCGACGAGGGCGAAAAAACCGAAGACGACGUUGAUUACGAGAUGCCGUUUGUGCAAAUGUGCGACGGACCGUGCCAGAAGCUCGUUGAUACGAAGCCAGAAGCUUGCCUCACGUGCGGGCACUUCUAUUGCGACGAUUGCAGCAAAUUUUUGAACACGGACUCACAUUCGCUGGAAGCGUGCACGGAGAACUUUCGAAAGCUAAAAAAACGCGCGACGGCGCCAUCGCCGCCGGUCAACGCGACACACGAGGUCGCCUCGCCGCGCAAUUCGACGACGGUCCGUCGCGACGAGUCCGUGCAGGCCGUCGGUACGUGCACGCCGAAAUGUACGGCGCUUCGUCGUCGUUCGACAUCGUCCUGCAACACAUUUGAGAAUGCGCACGAGAAAAUCUGGUACACGUUCAUUCAUGACAAGAAGCCGCUGGCGGUAUGCAUGACGCAAUCAUCGACGUACGGCGAUUUGCUGCGACGAAUCGCGUUGUGCCUCAACGUCAACCUGAAAACGCACGACAUCAUCAUCAAAAUUCAAGCAUCGUCGAGCGAAUCGUCGGGCGAAGACAAAAUGACGUCCGAGCCGGUGCCAAUCGGCAACAUCGACGAGAAGCUGAGCCUCUACGAGCUUCAACUGCCGCGUAGUCGAAUGCUCAUCGUUCAAGUGCAGGAAAAGCGGCGACACAAGGAGAAUGAUGAUACCGACUCGCCGCACAACAAAUCUCGAUGA